AUGGAAAGUAAGAGGGACAUAUCGCCCCUCGAGAUCGACAGCGGAAAGAAUCCAGUUUACGAUACCACGAUCAGAGCACCAGAUGACCAGAAGUCCGGGGAUCCUGGACAAACUAUCAGUGGCUGGAGAUGGAUUGCCGUCGUCCUGGCAAUUUUGAGUAGUACAUUUGUCUUCGCCUUAGGCAACACAAUCACAGCUAAUAUCCAAGCUGAUAUUAUCCGGAAUUUCGAUGCAGUUACUAAACUCACCUGGAUUAGUGUUGGAUUGGUGAUGAGCGCCUCGGCAACAGUGCUUCUCCGGGGAAAGAUCUUUUUCCAAUUCAAUAGGAAAUGGACAUAUAUCAUCAGUGUUGCCAUAUUUGAAGUCGGUUCUGCGGUUUGCGGCUCCUCCCCGAGUAUGAAUGCCCUAAUCGUCGGGCGAGUGCUCUGCGGUAUUGGGGGUUCAGGAUUGUAUAUUGGUGUGAUGACCCUUCUGGCCGCGACAACCACCCUCCAUGAAAGACCUAUGUAUGUAGCAAGCACCGGUUUGGCCUGGGGCUUAGGCAUGGUUUUAGGUCCAAUUGUGGGAGGAGGCUUUAGUAAGAGCUCUGUUGGAUGGCGAUGGGCCUUCUACAUUAACCUGCUGAUCGCUGCUGUCUGCGUGCCUGUCUACCUCUUCCUUUUUCCAAAUAUCGACCCUCGCAAAGGCACAGGCUUCAUGAACCGCAUCCGAGAAAUCGCCUUAGUGGCAGCAUUCUUAACCUCGGUGCCUUUCUCUCCGGAAUCAUGGCUAUUUCUUUCGGUGGCCUCACUUGGGCCUGGAACAGUGGCAAGAUCAUCGGCCUUGUACGCUAUCUUUACGACUGCUGAGAGACGCAUUUUAUCUAUUGAAUUCUUCAAGUCACGAACAAUGCUCGUUCUCUUUGCAUCUACAUCUGCUGCAGGUACAGCUUGUUUCGUUCCAAUCUACAUGAUCCCACUGUUCUUCCAAUUUAUGUGUGGUGAAGAUGCUUUUGGAUCCGCUGUGCGCCUUCUUCCGUUCAUUGUACUCUGUAUCUUUGCUAUCAUUGUCAAUGGGGGGAUCAUGUCUGCCUUUGGUCUGUACAUGCCGUGGUAUACUAUUGGAGGUGCACUAAUGCUCAUUGGCGGUGCAUUCUUAUACACUGUUAAUGUCGACACCAACGUCGCCCAUAUAUACGGCUACAGUAUUAUCACUGGUCUGGGAACAGGAAUGUAUCUACAAGCAUCCUUCUCCGUGGCCCAGGCAUCAGUCAAACCCCAACAGUUCGCUAGUGCAUCCAGUUUCAUCACCUGUGCCCAGGUGGUAGGCACAACAAUCGCCCUUGCCAUUGCUAAUUCGGUUUUCCUAAAUAAGGCUCAGGAGAACAUCAUUCAUAUUCUGCCUAAUAUUUCGCUGCAGGAAGUUCUAUCGGUUAUCUCCGGAACGUCGUCGCUUGUCUCAUCUUUGCCAGCAGACAAGCAGACAGCGUUGGAGUCUGGUAUCGUCAGUGCUAUGGGUCACACAUAUAUUCUUGUAAUUACUGCGGGCUCUUUGACAGUGUUGUUGAGUUUAUUGAUGAAGAGGGAGCGUCUGUUUAUGCAGGCUGGGGCAGCUGUUUAA